AAGAAAGAUUGAAAAUCAUAAAACUGAAAAAGAGGGAAGAACAAUAAUCUUACUAAAUCUUAAACAUUUCAAAGGAUCUCAUUUUAUUAUUAGCGAAUCGGAACAAUGGGGCGCUCGCCGACGAUGAUUGUCACGAAUACCCCGGCGAAAGACCUCGCCUACACCAAUUUCGCCUUCUGCUCCCCCGGCGAUCUCCGGGAUUUCGUUGUACCUGGAUCCGGGAACGCCUACGCUUUGAUCGGCGAUGUGUUUGUUCUUUCUGUUUCUGGACAUGAUGGCAUUCCUGCGGGACACAUUGGUUUAAAUGCCAUUCAACGCCGUCACGCAAAAGUCUCCACUGGGGAUUCAACGUCUGUCACCCGAUUCACUCCUCCUGAAGAUUUCAAGAUAGCAAUGCUGACCCUUGAGUUAGAGUUUGUGAAGAAGGGGGCAAGAGAUGAACAGGUGGAUGCUGUUCUAUUAUCCAAGCAGAUCCAAAACAAAUUCAUGAACCAGGUUAUGACAACUGGGCAAAGGGUAACAUUUGAGUAUCAUGGUAAUGGAUAUAUCUUCACUGUCAACCAAGCUACUCUUGAGGGGAAAGAAAAAUCUCAUGGUAUGGAGAGGGGGAUGAUAUCACCUGAGACAUUCAUUAUAUAUGAAGCAUCAAAUUCAAGUGGAAUAAAGAUUGUCAACCAGAGGGAAGGUGCUAACAGCAACAUCUUCAGGCACAAAGAGUUCAAUCUCCAGUCAUUUGGUAUAGGUGGUUUGAGUGCUGAGUUUGCUGAUAUAUUCCGAAGAGCUUUUGCCUCAAGGGUCUUUCCUUCACAUGUAACUUCUAAACUUGGCAUCAAGCAUGUUAAGGGAAUGUUGCUUUAUGGACCUCCUGGUACUGGGAAGACUUUAAUGGCUCGACAGAUUGGAAAAAUGUUGAAUGGGAAAGAACCCAAGAUUGUGAAUGGUCCUGAAGUGUUGAGCAAAUUUGUUGGUGAAACUGAGAAGAAUGUCAGAGAUCUAUUUGCGGAUGCUGAGCAAGACCAAAGAACCAAAGGUGAUCAAAGUGAGUUGCAUAUCAUCAUCUUUGAUGAGAUUGAUGCGAUUUGUAAGUCUAGAGGCUCAACUAGAGAUGGGACUGGCGUGCACGAUAGUAUUGUGAACCAACUUCUCACUAAGAUUGAUGGUGUGGAAUCUCUGAAUAAUGUCUUGCUCAUUGGAAUGACAAACAGGAAAGAUUUGCUUGAUGAAGCUCUUAUGAGGCCUGGACGUUUGGAAGUCCAAGUGGAAAUCAGUCUUCCUGAUGAAAAUGGUCGGUUACAGAUUCUUCAAAUUCACACAAGCAAGAUGAAAGAAAGCUCUUUUAUUGCUCCAGAUGUGAACUUGGAAGAGCUUGCUGCUCGGACUAAGAAUUACAGUGGAGCGGAGCUGGAAGGUGUAGUAAAGAGUGCAGUCUCAUAUGCUUUGAAUAGGCAACUAAAUAUGGAGGACCUUACUAAACCUGUUGAUGAAGAAAAUAUAAAAGUUACCAUGGAAGAUUUUCUGAAUGCUGUUCAAGAAGUGGUUCCAGCAUUUGGAGCUUCAACAGAUGACCUUGAACGUAGCAGACUAAAUGGCAUUGUGGAAUGUGGGACAAGGCAUGAACAUAUAUACCGAAGAACUAUGCUUUUAGCCGAACAAGUUAAAGUUAGUGAAGGAAGUCCACUUGUUACUUGCCUUCUAGAAGGCCCAAGUGGCAGUGGUAAGACUGCAAUGGCAGCAACAGUUGGUAUUGAAAGCGACUUCCCUUAUGUGAAGAUUAUAUCUGCUGAAACAAUGAUUGGACUCAGUGAGGCUACAAAAUGUGCUCAAAUUGUUAAGGUAUUUGAAGAUGCUUAUAGAUCGCCACUAAGCAUAAUUAUCCUUGAUGACAUUGAAAGGUUAUUGGAGUAUGUUGCAAUUGGCCCUCGCUUUUCGAAUUUAAUCUCUCAAACAUUAUUGGUGCUUCUGAAGCGGCUACCCCCAAAGGGAAAGAAAGUUCUUGUCAUUGGGACUACAAGUGAAGUUCAUUUUCUAGAAUCAGUUGGUAUUCGAGAUUCAUUCUCAGUGACCUACAAUGUUCCAACACUGAAGACAGAAGAUGCCAAAAAGGUGUUACAACAGCUUAAUGUUUUCUCUAGUGAUGAUGUUGAGUCUGCUGCAGAGGCACUGAAUGAUAUGCCCCUGAAAAAGCUGUACAUGGUUGUGGAAAUGGCUGCUCAGGGAGAACAUGGUGGAAGUGCAGAAGCUAUUUAUUCUGGGAAAGAAAAGAUCAAUAUUUCGCACUUCUACGAUUGCCUUCAGGAUAUGGUGCGAUAUUAGUUUAACACUGCUAUCUGCACCAAGUAAUACUGCAGUUCCGAUUUAUUUUUGUUUCCCCUGUAUGUUUCUUUCAUCUAUUUUGAGGUUUUUGCACGCCUUCACCCUAUUAUUUAGAAUCACGCCUGUAGUCACUCACGGUUCGAACCUUUCGCUAAAAACCCAUUUGACCCUAACCAAUAAAAUAGCAAAUAAAUAGAAUCUUGAAAUUCUGUAUUUCAAUCAUCAGAUUCGCAAUUCCAUUCAGAUUUAAAAGAUGGCAAGAAGAUAAAAGUAGUUGCGUGCCUUACUACAAUUUUGAAAGAAUAUACUAGCUUUUUCAAAUCCCAAUAAUCUGUGUUAGUGAUUAUCUAUAAUGUGUGUAUUGUUUAUAUUCUACUAUAAUUUACAUUAAAGUAUUAUUAAUCCGUUACCACAACCAAUACACUACACUGCUACAUACAAUCAUAGGAUAUACACAAAGUAAUCUCACAUUAUUAGUAUUCUCUCACCUUAAUUUACAUACUAAGAAGUAAGAAGUAUGUAAACUAACCCUAUGAUAAGCUGGGAUUAAAGUUUCUAUGCUCAUUUAAUAACUAAAAUGAAAUGAAAUACAUCAACCAAAAAUGGUGCAUGCUCCUAUACAGAGUUGUCCUAAGGAAAUUCCAAAAAUUGUUAGAUUCCUCCAUCAACAAAACCCAAGGAAAAAGUUUAUUCAUGAAAAUGGAAAAGCAUCGAAAUAAAUCUUGAAGAAAGUAUCUCCUCCAAUCUUAGGAAGAAACAAAGUGGCAUAAGAGAAAUGAGCUCAUCAAGAGAUCAAAAAGAGGAAACAUGACAAAAUAGAGAGUGGGAUCAGCCAUAGGCCACUCUCCCAAAAAUUUCAUAUGAAAGCCUAUUAAGAAAAUAUGGAAGGGGAGGCAACGAUUUGGAGAAUCCAGCUCCCAAGGAUCAGCCCUCACUAGCCAAGGACUCGGCUAUAAAUACCACCCUCUUCCUCCCACUUUUCGACUCCCAAAGGUUCAAGGAGCAGCAAGGGAGGAAGGAGAGGCAGCGAGAUAGGAGCUGCCCCGCAACCGAAAGGAAUCACCGAGUAAGAGCGCGUGAGGGCUAUGAGCCAUCCAAGAGGGUUGGCCGGCUAUGGUUUCGGCGGAAGGUGGCCACCUUCCCGGCACAAUGGAAUGAUGAAUGAUGAAUGAUGAAUGGUGAAUGAUGAAUGGUGAAUGAUGAAUGAUGACAGAACCUAGUCUGCGCAGAUGAACUUUUAGCUCACAAAAGAAUUUAAUCAAGCAAUGGGGUGGAGGCGUGCUGAUCAGAGUCGAUGCUACUUAAGUAAAUAAGUGUGGAUCUUUCGACGCUUCGUGUCUUCAUACGCGAAGUCGUUUUCUGGACUUUUUUCCACUGCAGUUUGUUAAGAGAGAAUAGUGAACUCUCAUCAUCUUAACUCUGAUGCAUUUUGAUGGAAUGCUAUUGUCAUUUAAAUCCUUGUAUUUGAAUACUUGGAUCCUAUCUCAUGAUAUUGUUUAAAUUUUCAAUAUACAAGUUCUAUUCCCAUUUCU